AUGAUUGUAAAAAGUGCAGCUUUAAUAACAAGGAAGAUUUCGUACUCCCUUAGCUACAGACUAGCACGUCAUAUUCAAUCGGAUUCGAAUGCGAGCUAUCUUCGGAAUCCAGGAUCUGAGCCACUUACUAUCGCAACGCUUGGUGAUGUACUGGCUGAGAGUGCCCAAAAGUACCCGGACAGAGUAGCUGUGCGAUCUGUACACGAAGAUAUCACUCUUACAUACGAAGAAUUAUUAACACAAGCAGAUUCCUUAGGAUGCGCUUUAAGAGCAAAUGGCUUCGAGAAAGGUGAUAGACUGGGAAUAUGGUCUCACAACAGCGCCGCUUGGAUUAUUGCAAUGGUGGCGGCAUCCAGAGUAGGCGUUAUAUCUGUAUUCAUCAAUCCCGUUUACGAGAAAUCAGAGCUCAGUUUCUGUAUAAAGAAAACAAGCAUGAAAGGCCUCCUUAUUGGAAACGAGAUCAAGAAUCGAAAUUAUUAUAACAAAUUGAAACAUCUUAUACCAGAGAUCGAUAAAUCUAAAGCUGGUAGCUUGAAGUCCGAACAGUUUCCUACAUUGAACACAAUUAUUAGUGACGAAAAGGAAAAAUUAAGCAGCGUGUACCAGCUUAACUCUCUCAUCGAUAACUAUAAAAAUAAACCCGAAAUAUCGAAGUACGGCAGUGAAAUAAAACCAGAUGACGGCAGCAUCAUUCAUUUUACAUCGGGGACAACGGGGGACCCUAAAGCAGCAUUAGACUCUCAUCUGGGAGUCGUGAACAACACGUAUUUCAUAGGCAAAAGAAAUGGAUUUCACCAAGGUCAUCAGAAGAUUUGUGUUCAGGUACCGCUGUUCCAUGCCCUUGGAUCUGUAGUAACAGUGUUGGGCGCCUUGAGACACGGUGCCACUCUGGUACUUGCAGCUCCAAUAUAUGAUAUAGCUGCUAAUAUCAACGCUAUGUUAGCUGAGAAAUGCACAGCAGUGACUGGCACCCCGACGAUGUACGUGGACAUAAUAUCGCAGAUCCGAGACAAAGGCGACCUACCGUUGAACCUCAGGAUGGCGCUGGCGGCUGGCGCGCCCUGCAGUCCGCAGCUGAUCCGACACAUACAAACCUACCUGAAGGCACACUCUGUAUUGGCUCUGUACGGUCUGACGGAAACAACAGCUAGUGUCUUUCAAUCAAUGCCAGGUGAUAGUAUCGACACUGUUGCUGAGACCGUCGGUUAUAUUCAAGAUCAUGUGGAAGUAAAGGUGAUUAAUGAAAAAGGCGAAACGGUGCCGUUCGGCAAACCAGGUGAACUGGUCACGCGAGGAUACAACAAUAUGAUGUGUUAUUGGGGCGAACCGGAAAAAACUAGAAGCAUGCUAGACAAAGAAGGAUGGUUAAAGACUGGGGACGAAUUCACAGUGACUCCUGACGGUUACGGCCGUGUCGUCGGCAGAUUAAAAGACAUCAUAGUGAGAGGCGGAGAAAACAUCGCGCCAAAGGAAAUUGAGGAUCUACUGAACACGCACCCCGACAUUAUUGAUAGCCAGGUUGUCGGCGUCUCGGAUGAGAGGUUAGGCGAAGAGCUAUGUGCUGUAUUGAGGAUACGCGACGGUGCAUCUAUAACCAUCAAUGAUGUGCGUAGUCAUUGCAAUGGGCAUCUCGCCAAGUUCAAGAUACCGAGAAUGUUGAAAAUCACCGACGAGUUCCCCAAGACCGCCUCAGGGAAAAUACAAAAGUAUAAACUAAGAGAACUUAUUGAAUCCGGAAAAUUGUAG